AUUUGCAUCAGUAUGGUAUUUCUGUAAUUACUGCAAAAGAAAGACCUAUUUUUGGAACUUACUAUCAGCAUUUCCUCUUCAAAAGUCUGAUCAAGUACAGUCUCUGUUCCUUUUUCCCACUGAAACAAGAACUUGAUAGAACUCAAGCUGAGGACAUUGCUACAAUUAGAAGCGAAGGAAAAAGAAGAUUUUCCUAAAUGGAUUUUCUAAGUUUUACGCUUCAGUUGAUCGAUUUCCUGGCUUGGCCGGUAGUUGCUCUGGGCUAUCCUAUAUGUGCUUCAAUCCGAGCAAUUGAGACUUGCUCCAAGUAUCACAUGAGGAAGCUAGUCACAUAUUGGACCAUCUUUUCUUUUAUUUCUCUGUUCGAGCAUGUAUUUGAGAAACUUAUUGAAUGGAUUCCUUUGUGGCCUUAUAUAAAAUUAAUUGCCAUAUGUUGGUUGGUAAUACCUGAGUUUAACGGCGCAUGUUAUUUUUAUCAAAAUCUUGUUCAUCCAUGUUUUCCAUUGAAACUGCACGAUGUUAUUGCUCAGUUUUAUGGUUGUUGUUAUGUUUGCCAACGCUUUGCAUAUCUGUGCUCGUUUGUCAACCUUCAAACUUUCACUGACUGGUUUAACAAGCCAAUGGAGGAUCCGUCUCUCCAGAAUGAAACAUUUUGGGAUGUGGCAGAGAUGUAUCUUGAGGAAAAUGGAUCUGAUCCGCUGGUGAAACUUAUUGCAAGCAAGACAGCGUGUGAAGGGAGUGGUCCUGUUUGGGAAGAUAUCAAAGUGAUGAUCGCAAAACAUGAAGUAGCUGUGCCCAAACAGGUUGAAAGUGUGAAGGAAAAUCAAAUUCAGCUUGAGAAGAAAACGGUAGGAAUGCGGGUCGAGGAAAUGAUAGUUCCAGCAGAUGUUGAAGAGAUUAAACUUCCAGAGAUUACUUCUGUAAAGCAAGUUCAGACAGAGUGGACUUGUGCAGUAUGCCAAGUGACAACCACCUCAGAGCAUAACUUGAAAUCCCAUCUUAACGGAGGGAAACAUAAGGCAAAGUGUGAAGAGCUGAAAACUUGCAAGCAAGUGGCCAAAAGUGAAGGAAUCUCACCUGUUACAACAAAGUCAAGUCAGCUUAAUCAGGCGCAAGUAAAACAUGCUGCUGCAGCACAAUCAGAGCACAGUACUAAUGAAGCAGCUGAGCCCAAACAGGUUAAAAGUGUGAAGGAAAAACUAGUUCAGAUCAAGGAAACAGCGUUUCCAGCAGAUAAUACCAAAGAGAUUAAACUCCGGGAGACUAAUUCUUUAAAGAACGUUCAGAAAGAGUGGACUUGUGCAGUAUGUCAAGUGACAACCACCUCUGAGCAUGACUUGAAGUGCCAUCUUCUAGGAAGGAAACAUAGGGAAAAGUGUGAAGAGCUGAAAGCUUGCAAGAAAAAGGCCAAAACUGAAAGAAAUCCACCAGACCAGCUUAAGAAGGAGCAAGUAAAGCAUGCACACUCCGCACAAAUAACGCGCAGUGCUUAUGAAAAGCCAAAAGAAAAGGUCCAACUAGGAGCUACUCGACAACAUGAAAAGCAGAAGCAAGUGAAGAAUGCUGUUGGUGUUACUAAUAAUUCUAAGCUGUGGUGUCGUUUUUGUAACGUUAGGUGCCCUGGCGAGAUUGAUAUGGCUGCGCAUCUUAAAGGAAGGAAGCACUUGGCUAAACUUCAAGAAACAAUGGUUUAGUUUAGGGUAUGUACUGUUGAAGCAUGCAACUUUGUUCUAUUAUUAAUACUAAAGGUUAGUUGCUUAAUCACUGGGAAGAAAAAAGAGGAAAAUUUUAUGUCAAAAGGUGUGAUAUCAUUCUGUUUAUAAUCAGUUGGUGUGAGCAAUUAGAGCUUCUAACAUAUGUAGCCUUUUGUGAUUUGCAUAUCCCCCGUGUUCCCUUGAUGCAUUUUCAUUUAGAGAUACUUGAAUUGUAUGUUUCCUAUUUUGCCCUCAUAUGUAAUUAAAAAGGGACCAUUUUCAUGA